UAUGGAUCGUUGCAAAAUCGCUUGUCUUGUGCUCUCGCAAAAUUCGUAUCCAGUCAGUUACGAGAAAAACAAUUGCCAAUUGAAUCGAUGGUGAAUACGUGAUUCAUAUAUGUAAGGCAAAAAUAAAAAGUUUCUCAUAUUGUUUGUAAUCUGUUCCUCAUAAAUUGAACUUUUGCAUCAAACACAUUGUGACUCUAUCAUUAAAAAUUUUUUUAGAGAGUGCCAUUUUAUCACCCAUUAAGAGAUACAUUGAGGUGAUUUAUUAAGCCUGAGCAAAAAAAAAGUUGAUAUCUUUUCAUUUAGCUACGGAUGUUUGAUUGUUGUUUGUUCAGUAGAGUAGCAGAAAAAAAGUGUAUGUGUUGCGUUGAUGAGCUCAUUGUUUUCAAAUAUCUCUGGGGCCAUUUGAAGAAAAUUUUCUGCAAUGUGUAAUAAAAUCCACGUUUCGUUCGCGAACGAAUUUACGAUCUUUACUUAGCAUUCGAAUAAUUCCGUUGAAAAACGAACAAAGUUUAUACAUAUAUUAUUCGGUUAAAUACUACGGCAACAAAAAAAUCGAGGCGAUAUAACUGUCUAUGCUCUUGAACGAAUUUUAAGAAACUCAUCCAGAUCAGCCGAAAAAUUUACCAGCCACUACGUGUAGUGACUAGUGAGGCGAAAUAGAUAAUUUUCUCGGAACGGAUUUGUUCUUCACUAAAUAUAAUUUCAUCGGCCGUACGUCACAAAUCGCAUUUCAUCAUGUUACUUCUACGGAAAUCGAUUGCGUACGUCUUCAUUGGGCUUUUCUAUUUUCUGUUCAGUGCUAAGGUUGAAGGCCGUGUAGCUGGCAAAGUCGGUGGAAGUGGAGGAAACUACUAUAGUGGAAAAUCUUACAGCGGUAUCAACGAUGAACUCAUCAUGGUCAGCAUUGGAAUGGCGAUCACGAUAGCUGUCCUCAUCACGAUUGCUCUUUGCUAUAUUGCCAGAGAAAAAUGUCAGAAACAUCGUGAAUACUAUGUUACAGCAUAAUUUAAACAUCGAGUCUACGUUUUCUAAUCGACGAAAACGUGACACACUUUCCCGAGUAAACCCCCAAGCGGCCAAGCACCAUUAACUCUCUCUUUUUUGUUGUUCGUCCCUUUUCUCGUCACACAUCACUCUGCAUGCAUACAACAACGAAGAACGCCACAGUUGGAUUGACUGCUCUGUUCAUCUCUAAACAACAGUGUUGCUAGUGUUUAGAAAUGAUUUCAAAGUGUAUACAGCAACAACCAUAAACUAUUGUUUGCAGUGUGAACGCUGGAGGAGUGUAUACUCAACAAUCCUUUUUCGUCGCCCGAGAUGAGUGGAAAGCUCGUAGAAAGUGUAAACAUUUGACAUAUACAAAAAUAGACGCAGCGCGGACAAAUACUCAUACAAAACCAAACUAGAAAUAUUCCACUAAAAUGUUACAGACGCUGGGCGGCCAAGUGAUUGCGGCCAACAUUUGGCAGUUUACAUCAAAUAAAAGAUUUCAAAAGAAAGAACGUCCAGCGUCGGUCGUUAUCUGUCAAAUGACCAACAUGUUGUUUACAUCAAGUGUAUUGGAACAUUACUAUUUGCAUUUUGUAUAUAUUUCAUUCGGUCAACAUUUUGGUGCCAAAAAUAUGUAGUGUUUCUACAUUAGAUUCAUUCGGAGUGUAGCCAAAAAUUUCAAACAUUCAUUUUUACACGCAAAUUUAAUCGGCAUUCUUCGGUGGAAUCUGUUUUUUAUUUAGUUCAACGCAUUCAUUUGGAAUCCAUUCACUUCGAGCCAUUUAAGACUUUGUUGUUUUAACUAUAAGAUAAUAAU